AUGCAGAAUGGUUCCCUGUACCACGUGGUAAUCAACCAGAUUAUGUGCACUGGCCGGCUGCACCCAUGGCGGACGUUGGCGCCCUUUCAGCAGCAGAUCAGGGAGAAGCAGCUGCUCAUCAAGCUGGCCGCGCUCAAGGCCGACCAUGCGGCAGCAAUCACAGAGCUGCGGUCCCAGGGCGACGGCCUCGCCCGCCUGCACGCCGCCUGCGCGCGCGACGCCGAGGACGAGGGCGCCGCCACCGCCGCGCUCGACGCAGAGCGCGCCGCGGCGGCGAUCGCGCUGCAGGCCGCGUGGCGCGACGCCGCCGCGGCCAGGUCCGAGGCGGGCGGCCUGCGGGAAGAUCUGAAGGCGGCGGUCGGGCGGCACCAGGCGCUGCUCGACGCGCUGGCAGAUCGCGACCAGGCCGUGUCCGCGGCAGCGGCCGACGCGCGCGCGGCGCGCGCUGCAGCAGCGCAGGCGGCGGGCGAGCUGGGGCGCAUGGAGGGCGUGCUGCGGGCGACGGGCGAGCGCGCGGCGGCGGCAGAGCAGGAGGCGGCGGACGUGCGGGCGGCGCUGGCCGACGGCCAGCUGCAGAUUGCCGCGCUCAAUGACAGGCUGAGUGCAUCUUUGGCGGAGCUGCGGCCGCUGCGCGCGGCGGCCGCCGGCGCCGCAGCCCUGUCCGAGCAGCUAUCGGCGGCUUCAGCGGCGUCCGCCGCGCUCGCCGCCGCGCGCGACCGGGCGGCCAAGGCGGCGGACUGCGCUGGGGCGGCGCUGGCGGCGGAGCAGGACAGGUCGCGUCGUCUGGAAGAGCUGCUCAGUCAGGUGCGCACUGCGGGCGCCGCUGACACAGAGGGCCCCCAGCAGUCAGCAGCGGACACCCAUCGGUUGGACGGGAGCCGCCUGCGUGCAGCGCUGGACCUCGGCCCUCGCCUUGCCGCAGCAGAGGCGGCGGCCGCGGCGCAGCGGCGCCACAUAGAGCGCCUGGCGGCCGAGGCCGACGGGGCGCGGCGCGACGCGGACGCCGCUCGCGAGCGCGCGCGGGUGGAGCGGUCGCUGUGCGUCCAGCUGCAAGCCGAGCUGCAGAGAGUGCUGAGCGCGUCUGAGGGCGGCAACACGGGUGUCGUUGGGGCCACCCUGCCGCGGGCCGGGGCGGCGGCCGGCGCGCGCCACGCGCGUCUGCUGGGGCGGCUGUCGGACGCCGCGGCUGAGCUGCGGGCGCACGCGGCGGGGGCGGCCGGCCAGCGAGGCCGCUGGCCGGUGGCACUCGCGGCACCCGCGGCCUGCGCGGAGGCGGCUGCGGCCCAGCUGGCAGCCGCGGCAGCGGCAGUGGAUGAUCUGCUGCCGCGGCUGCAGUCAGGCGCGGCGACCGCCGGUGACCUGGCGGUCGAGGCGGCGGUGGUCGAGGCCGCGGAGGCAGGCCUGCAGCGCAUGCAGGGCAGCAUGGGGCAGUGCCUGCUGGAGCUUGCUGCGGGGCAUGAGGAGUUGUCGGAGCGGGGUGCGGCGCUGGCGGAGCUGCUGCCGCCCCUGGCUGAGGCCGCAAACCUGGCGUGCGCCGCGGCCGCGUGGGCGGAAGCUGACGGCGGCGGCGGGCUCGAGGACUGCAGCCAGGGCUGCGAUGCGGCAAGUGGUGAUGAGCCUGCGGUGACGGGCGGCUGGCUGGGCGGUGAUGCGGCUGCCGUCGAGGCGGGUGCAGCCGUAAGGGACGCGGCAAAUGCAGUCCAGGAGCUGCGCGCCGCGCUGGGGGCCGAGGCGGCGGGAGAGCAAGGAAGCUGCGGGCCCCGGGGCGGCGGUGGCGGAGGCAGCGGAGGCAGCGGAGGCAGCGGAGGCAGCGGAGGCAGCGGAGGCAGCGGAGGCAGCGGAGGCAGCGGGGGCAUGGCGCUCUUCACGUUACUGGAGACCGGGGCCGACAGCAUCGACGGCAAGGCAAAGGUCCUGCGGUCGUUCAAGGCCGCGGUGUCGACGGCCGCGCUUGCCACGGCCGCCCUUUGGGAGCGCGUCUCUGGCGGCACCCAGGCCCUCUUCGCGGCGGUGUCUUUGCUACAGGAGCUGGGCGGGCUGCUGGCGUCUGCGGCAGCCAGCGGCGAUGCCAUGCCCCUGCCGCCCCUGGUGCCUCGCUUUGUGCGGCGCCUCGAUGCGACGCUAGCGUCGGCUGUGGGGUUGAGGCAGCACAUGGGCCAGGAGGAGGCCGAGGCGGCGGCGGCAAGAGCCGCAGAGCUGCAGCUGGAGGUGGCAGCGCUGUCGCAGCUGCUGGAGGCGCGCGAUGCACGCGUGAGGCAGCUGGAGGCGCGGGAAAGGCAGCUGCUCAGUGGGACCGCGGAGCUCGUUCCAGCCGACCUCUUGGCCGCUGCGCGCGACGAGCUGGGGGCCAGCGAGGCGCGGGCGCUGCAGCUGGCGCGCGACAUGGACCGACAGCGCUCUCACAGGCUCGCGCAGUCGCUGCAACACUGGCGCGCCGAGGCGCUGGCCAGCCGUGUGUUUGCGCUCUGCGAGCAGAUGGCGGGCCUGCAGGCGGAGAGGGAGCAGCUGCUGUGCAGCUGCCAGUUGCGCCGGGAGGCGCUGGAGCGGUACCUCGAGCGGCAGAGGGCCACUGCGCAGCUCAGGCUGGUGCACAAGGUCGCGCUGCUGUCCUGGAGGCGAGGCUGCGAGCGGCAGCAGAGUGUACGGGGCAGCUGA